AUGAUCACACAAAUUGUCAUACACUCUCAGAAACAGAAGGAAUUCAAAAGAAGAAGAAAAAACAAAAACAUGCUAUCUAUUAAAUUUACUACACUGGCUAUCUUUUCACUUUUGGUAGUCACAACUUUUUCAAAUGGUAAUGUACAGCAACAACUACGGAAUAAACGAACUGUCGUUUCAGGAUGUUCAUUAACACCAGAAAUCGAAGAAGGACCGUACUAUUACAAUGGAUCAUUAGUACGACAAAAUAUAACAGAAUCACAAGCUGGUAUACCGUUUACAUUGAUGGUAACUGUAGUCGAUACAAAUAAUUGUUCUGCAAUUGUUAAUGCUGCUGUUGAUCUAUGGCAUUGCAAUUCUAUUGGUGUUUAUUCACAUUUUGAAACAAGUGUUGUCAGUGCAACAACAUAUUUACGAGGUGUACAAUUAACAAACACGGAUGGACAAGCAACAUUUUAUACAGUUUAUCCUGGAUAUUAUGGUGGACGUGCAACACAUAUUCAUGCUAAAGUUCGUUUUGGUGGUGUGGAAACUACUAGUGGCUCAGUCUAUUAUUGGGGUGGACAUACAUCACAUACAGGCCAAAUCUUUUUCAAUGACAGUUAUACAACAUUAGUUCAAGCGAUUUCACCUUAUAGUUCAAACACAGUAACACGUACGCUAAAUAGUGUUGAUCGUGUUUAUACACAACAAGAUGGUGUUGAUUCCUUAGUCACAUUAGCAUAUGUGAAUCAAGCAAA